UAUUUCCCAGAAUACAACACGAGGGGUAGGCUGAAAUAUGACGUUUCUAUUUAAUCAUGGUAUCACUAGGGAGGGGAUGGGAAGAAAGUGCUAAGCUACCCGAAACAUAAACCAAGUCGGCAUUUGCGCUGCACGGGAACAAGUGAGCACGCCGUCCUCUGCGCACACUCACCCACCAGAGGCGGCCAGCCCAGCCGGGACCAUGAGCGAGCGUGGCCCUCGCACGGAGGCUUCCAUGUUUUUGGAGGUGGACCGCCUCGAGCGCGAUAACAACGAUGAAGACAAGAUGGCGCACUACGACGACGACAAAGACGACGCCGACCUGAUGUCGGCACCCUCGGGCUCACGCGUCUACGACCGCACUACGGUGCUCAUCGAGCAGGACCCCAUCCGGCUGGACGAGGAGGGAGAGGAGGACCAUGGACACUGUGUGGGGGAUGACGACGGGGGCACUUUCCUAGUCGACGGGGACCUGGACGAGGAGGAGGAGGAGGAGGAGGGCUCUAUGACCUUCAUGGGCGACCAGGAUGGCAUGUCGCAGGGAUACGUGCAUCACACCAUCUCGCCCGACCAGAUCCAGUUCAUCAUCAACCCGGGGUCCAUGGCCAUGCCGCGCAACAUCGAGGGGGCCACCCUCACUCUGCACUCCGAGUGUCCAGAAACCAAGCAAAGGGAGGUGAAGAGGUACCAGUGCAUGUUUGAGGGAUGCACACGGACCUACAGCACGGCAGGCAACCUGCGCACGCACCAGAAGACCCACCGGGGCGAGUACACAUUUGUGUGCAACCAGUUGGGCUGCGGCAAGGCCUUCCUCACUUCCUACAGCCUGAAGAUCCACGUGCGCGUUCACACCAAGGAGAAGCCCUUUGAGUGCGACGUGCAGGGCUGCGAGAAGGCCUUCAACACCCUGUACAGACUGAAAGCACACCAGAGACUGCACACGGGGAAGACGUUCAACUGUGAAUCGGAGGGAUGCACAAAGUACUUUACCACACUCAGUGACCUGAGGAAGCACAUUCGCACUCAUACUGGGGAGAAACCAUUCCGGUGUGACCAUGAUGGUUGUGGCAAGGCGUUUGCUGCCAGCCAUCACCUAAAGACGCAUGUACGGACACACACAGGGGAGAAGCCUUUCAACUGUCCCAGCGACGGCUGUGAGAAAGCAUUCAGCAGCCAGUACAGUUUGAAGAGUCACGUCAGGGGCCAUGGGGCUAAGGGCCAGCCCUUCAGUGUCACCCUCACCCACCCCUUGUCCGAGGAUGCAAAUCAUUCACUGUGCCUCAGUGACUUGAGCCUCAUCUCGACUGACUCGGAGCUCAGAGAAAACAUCCACAAUUCUCAGAACUUGGACUUGAGCAGUGUUACCCCCGUGAGGAUCUUCGAGCUCAUGUUCCAGAGUCCGGAGAACAGUGUUAGUCAAGACGAUGCACAUCCUCACGAGAGCCUUGUUGAAGCCUUUGGCCAGGAGACUGGCCAGUCCACCAUGGGUGAUGGCUCCACCCCCAUCUCCUUCUCGUUCUCCCUCGUCCCUUCCUCCUCAUCCUCCUGUUCCCACUCCCACUCUCACACUCACUCCCACACCACCACCACCACUGUCCUGGAUGCUUCUUCCCAGCUUCCUCUAAGCCAAACCCCCUCUUCCCAGGUUCCAGCACCUCCUGCCCCCAUUAGUAAUAUUACCGCAGUCAGCUCCACCCAGCCCCACGCCACCUUCGUACCCUUACCCACUGCCCUGCAGACGCCAGAUGUGCCUGCCCCCUAUGUGGCACUGCCCGCCCAGACUGCUCCAAUAGUGCCCUCUACUGCGCCAGUAGUGGUGCCAGGCCCAGCCCUCGCGGCUCUGGGCGCUGUAGUCGCCACCACAGAGACUGUGCCGCUGCCGGCCGUGGCUCACACUCACACCGUGCCUUUGGCCAGCAACACCAACCCUGCCCUGGUGCCCCCAGCCUCUGCCCCCACUUUCACCCCAAGCCACAGCCACACCCAGAGCCUGUUGCAGCCCAGCAUUGUCAUGUCCGACCAGAACCUGCAGUGGAUCCUUAACACCGCAGCCAACAACCAGCAGAACCCAGAGCAAGCUACACACGGAGGUCCAAAAGUAGAGAAGGUCUUCUUUACCACAGCCAUACCAGUGGGAGGAAAUUCAGGCAACUCUGUCCAGCAGAUCGGCCUCAGCCUUCCCGUCAUCAUCAUCAAACAGGAGGAGUCCUGCCAGUGCCAGUGUGCCUGCAGGGACUCUUCUAAAGACAAGAGCUCCAACGCCUCGGCAGCACCACAACAACAGCCCGCAGUGCCCUCCACUCCUCCACCUCCCCCCACUCCCGUGGCACUGCCCUUUCCCACCGUACUCCCCCCAGCACCCUCUUUCCCCUUGUGCUGCCUCCCACCACUCACCUCGGAAGUGAACGAGUCCCCGCGUCUUCCCCAAACAGGUGCAGUUCUAGGACCGGGUAACCCCUCGACCUCUGUUCAGACGUUCUCCACAGGGGUGGCCACGGUGACCACCAACCCCCCUCCUAUCACGGAUGUUUUGGCCACCAUGGACGUGUCGGACUUCCUGUCCCUGCAGAGCCCCGAGAGCACGACCAACAUUGAGGCUCUGCUACUGGUGACCAGCAGUGACGACUUCACUAUGGCUGGCGCUAGCACCACCAUCAACCCCUAGUGGACACUCAGGCUUUGUCCCUAUUCUCCACCCUUCUCUUGCAUACUCCCAGUCAUGGAUUUAAAAGCAUUGAGUUGGUGUAAGUGUUGGGCAGAGGGAGUUUCUACCAUUGUUGAAUUCAAGGGAGUGUGCAAAUGCACACUUUAGGAGAAGGAUGUAGAAUCAGGACGCAGCCACACUUUCUGAUUUACCCACUACACGUCCGCUUUUCAAGUAUUGUAAGUGAAACUAAUGAGGGGGUUUGUUUUGGAAAAGCUGCAAAAUGCAUGCCAGUCAAGAAAAGUGUUCUUAAUUGGCUGGCUCUCCAUCAAACAAGACACGGUCUUGAAAGGCCCUAAGAACUAUUGUCUGCUUCUAAUAUGGCGUGAAGCUGAUUCCUGAGAGAAGCAAAACAAAACAUUGUCUAUAUCCAUGUACUGUACAUUAGUUCCUAACUGUAACUAAUAUGAUUAGUUGGUAAGUGAUUGA